AUGUUUGCACUCGCAGCGCGUCGCACUGUCGCUUCCGGCCUGCUCUCAAGACCAUUACUACGCGCAUAUAGCGUGGCUCCACCACCAGACCUGGAUGAGGGGGAGAGAAAUAUAUUCUCGAAGCUUGCAGAGCGAUUCCAACCAUCUGCUCUCAAUGUCCAGGACGUGUCAGGCGGGUGUGGGUCAUUCUAUGCAAUCGCAAUAACCAGCGAUGCCUUCAAGGGCCUUUCGACAAUAAAACAACAUCGACUGGUGAAUGACGCACUGAAGAGGGAGAUUGAAGGGAUCCAUGGACUUCAGCUCAAAACGCAGCCCACUCAAUGA